AUGUACUUUAUCAUCACGACUUCCCGAGCCAGCGAAAUCUUUUACCAAGCUGUGACUGCAGUGCCUGUAGUUACCCAGAGAAAAUACUCCAACGCAUCAGCCGUCAAGUUGCCAAGCUUCGAUCACACGGCGUCCCCACAUACGACAGGGCCCUCCUCUGGUGUCUGUGUGACUUGUCCGAGGGCGAGCAAGGGAGUUGAUUCGAGGGUAGUACCAUGCAAGCCGGCUUCUCACCAAGAGCCCGGCACAGGCUCAGCCACUAGGGACUCGUCAUUGAAUAUUAACAGCUCUUGGGAUCUCAGGGUCUGCAGAAUGGAAAGGUGCAGACUGCUAAAGGGAAACAAGGCAUGCUACAGUCUCAACUCUUACAUUGCAACAUCGCGAACUCCUGCACUUCACAAGGGAGCUGGCAUUCUUGUCGUUGUAGGUGGCGUUACAAGUCUGGACUCCUGCCCCUAUCCGCACCUAGUCAAACAGCAGAUACUAGCUGAGAGUACAAUAGGGUCUUUGCAUAACAUGAGUGGCCAGAGACUGGUACUCGGCCUUUCAGCUACCCAUGAAUUUUGCAAAGUCCCCAGAGCAUGCCACGACAGCAUGUUUAAUACGACUUAUAACGGCAUAUCGAUGGUGCCUGAUGAAGCUUAUCAGUAUGACCAUAUCUAUGUACAUAAUCCCUGGGCACAAUAUUUCUCCAUUAAACCAGAUGGUCAUUUUCUGUUUCGCACCAAUCGCUCCGCGCUAGGUAACUUUAAAGUAUUCUUUAUUGGAGGUUCUCUUUUGGAGUUUGCCUCUGUUAGAAGAAAAGCAGCCGUUGCAUUUCGAGUAGACGAUGCACGAACCCUGCAGAAAAAUAUUGCCCUCAUUUUUGAUAAUAUGACAUUGUUUCUUGAUUUUUAUGGCUAA